AUGGAUGCCUUUCAUGGUGAUGACGAAUCUGAAGAAUUUACCACUGGACAUUUUGAGAAAAGACUUGGUAGUGUUCAUCUUCAGUUGAUGACUUUGCAUGAGGUCGAACAUUGUCCUCAAGUCUUUAAUAUGGUCAUCUUUGUUGCAGCUUUUAAUGACCAAAUCAUCAAUGUAACAUUCGACGGUCUUUCGGAGAUGUUCCUAGAAAAUCUUCGUCAUCGCUCGUUGGUACGUAGCUCCUACGUUCUUCAAGCCAAAGGGCAUGACUGUGUAGCAGAGGACACCAAGAGGUGUUCUGAAGGCGAAUCAUCAUCAGCAGCUCGACCAAACCCUAACCCUAGAUCCCCCAAAAUCUCGUUCCCAUUCCCGCUCCAGCUCCCGCACCCAAUCUCGCUCCGGUUCCCGCUCGCAGUCCCCCUCUCCCACCGGGCCGACGGUCACCGCCUCCUCUCGACGAGCUCAAUCCUCCUCAUUCUCUCCGAAAUUCCCCUCCCCCUCCUCGAGACUCCGCUCUCUCGCUGCCCGUCGCUAACAUGGCUCGUUUCCGGACGCCUCCGCCGCAUCCCGUCUUAUCCCAUUCGCCGAUGGCCGUCACUCCCUCGCCUCCUCUCCCGCUUCCCCAAUCUCACCGACCUCAACCUUGUACCCGCCGUCUUCUCCUCCUCGGAUUCUCGGCCUCUCCACUGCUCUGGCCAGGUUGUCCUCAGCCGUGGCAACGUCUCCAUCCAAAUGGACCAGGUUUCUUUUCCUACUGUUGGUGAUUGUCCCUUCAUUGACUCUGAUUCCAUCGACCGAGGGCUUGAGACUGUUGCCAGAGGCUGCCCUAACCUCCGGAGGCUGUCGGUGGCGGGGACUAAGUCGGGGCUUUUUCCAGUCUCUGAUGCCUGUGACACUCUUCAAGAAAUGGAACUCCACUGCUGCACUGAUCUCGCCCUUCGCUCUGUCUCUGGGUUUAGGAAUCUGCAGAUCUUGAAGCUGGUGGGGUCAGUAGAAGGUCUUUACAGUGGGCCAGGCGUCAGCGACAUUGGGCUUACAAUCCUCGCCCACGGUUGCAAGCGGCUGGUAAAGCUUGAGCUCAGUGGGUGUGAAGGGAGCUAUGAUGGGAUAAGCGCUAUUGGCCGAUGUUGCUUGAUGCUGGAGGAGCUGACCUUGUCUGACAACAGAAUGGAUGCUGGGUGGAUGGCUGGGCUCUCUUUUUGUCGGAAUUUGAAGACAUUGAAGCUUCAGAGUUGUAGGAAGGUUGAUGAGGAUCCUGGGCCUUUAGAACACUUGGGUUCAUGCCGGACGAUCGAGAGGGUUCAGAUUCAGCGGUGCCAGUUGAGGGAUAGAAAGAGCUUGAAGGCCUUGUUCACGAUGUGCGAGUCAGCGAGAGAGAUUAUGUUUCACAAUUGUUGGGGGCUAGAUGAUGAGAUGUUUGGUGUUGCUAGGAUUUGCAGGAGAGUGAAAUUGCUGUCUUUAGAAGGAUGCUCACAGUUAACAACCGAAGGUCUUGAAUCGGUGGUAUUGUUAUGGACUGAUCUCAAAAGCCUCACAGUGGUAUCGUGUAACAAUGUAAGGGAUGAUGCGGUGUCGCCUGCCCUUUCAAACUUGUUCACUGUUCUAAAAGAGUUCAAAUGGCGGCCUGAUUCCAGAUCUGUUCUUGCAAUGAGCUUAGCAGGGACAGGAAUGGGAAAAAAGGGUGGAAGAUUUUUCAAUAGAGUGUGAAGCCGUUCUAUAUUUUCAUGAGGCUUGUGUGAGAUCUCAGAUAUCCAUUACAGUGGAGGAGACCUUGAUGGCAAUUUAAGAGGGCCCUUAUUUAUUAGUAUUGUACCUUAAUUAUUACUGUAAGCGCAUGAUUUUUUUUUGUGCAGAUAAACACCACUGUCUUAGUGCUUCAAAUUUCCUGCUUCUGCAUGGAUAUCAGCUUUCUCAGGGGCUCUUUUCAUCUACCAUCAGGGCAGCUGAAGGCAAUUACCGACCCCUUUAGGUAGUUUGAUUUUAAAUCUGUUACCUCUUUCUAAGUAUUAUCUUUCUAAGUAUUAACUUACUGAUAGUUGCUUCGCUUUAGAGCAGACUUUCAAUUGCAGUGUUAUACUUGCUUGUUUCUAGAUGGUUAAUGUAUUUGAUGAGUAGCUAGUUCUGCAUCUAACAAUGAUGCUAGGAAUUGAUGAGAUCGGAAAUGUCACUGUGUACCCCAACAAGUCACUCUGUUCCCUCAUUUAUUUCUUAUUUAAACGCUUUGUAAGUUCCUGCA